CAAUGUCCGGCGACGUUUCCUUAUUGUGUUGAGAGGACGGAAUCCAGGGGAGGUUGAAAUUGGUGUAAAAUAUAGAUGCAAUUGAGUAAUUGUAGGGGUGAAUACAAGUUCGAGCAGGUGCAGGAAGAUCAGAGCCAAUUCCGAGAGCUUCCGAGCAACUCAGAGAUGAACAGGACCAGGAGUGAAAUGACUGAGAAGAUCUUGGAUUUCACCCUUGAGUUUGUCUAUUUGGUGACUGGGGAGGAUUAUAUUUUUAUGAAGAAGAAUGAAGAGCGUGUUAUAAAUGGCAGCAGUCCCCACGUGUCACAAAGUAUCUCUAGGACACAGGGCAUCAACAGAAUGCCUCCACCUCACUCACUGAUUCCGGAGAGGAACCACGAUAAGAAGAUCCUGAAACUGACCAACAAGAUCAUCCACCUUCUGACUGGGGAGGUGUGGGAAUAUUUAGAAGGGCACGGAGAUCUUUACAAGGAAGUGAUCAUUGAGACUCACCAACCUCUCAGUGCACUGGCAAAUGAAUCCGUGGGAAAAGAUCUAUUUGAAGGAUUUCAUGCGUCCAUUUCUUCAAUGGACUGUUUAACCGGCAAGGAAAGUUUUAUUUUAAAUAAUCUGGAUAAAUGUAAAGCUGUGACGCAGAAGAAAAAAUGUAUUGUCGAAGUCAUUGAAGACUCAGCUUCAUCCGAAGAUGAAAGUCCUUUGCCUACAUGCUCAGAACAUUCACAGACAGAAUUUACUGAUAUGUACGUUAAGGAAGCAUCACAUUAUCAUCCACCAGACACUGACAUCUAUGAACCCGCAGAACACGCACAGACGGAAUCUCCAUGUAUCCAUAUUAAGGAGGAACCAGCCUCAUGUGAAGAAGAAGAAAAUCUCACAGAUACUGACAUUUAUACACCCACAGAACAGACACAGACAGAAUAUCUGUCUACUAAUAUUAAGGGGCAAUCAUCUUCACACGGAAAAGAAAAUCUCACCGAUAUUUAUACACCCGUGACUCAUACACAGACAGAAUAUCCAACUACUCAUAUUAAGGAGGAACCAGACUCAUUUGAAGAAGAACAUUUCACAGACCUUUAUACGAUGACAGAACAUUCACAGACAGAAUAUACAUUUCCUAUUAUUAGAGAAUAUGGAAAUGGAAGAAUGCGUUUAAAGGAAGACAUUUUGUUGAUAAUGAAAUGCAAUUAUUGCGGUAAAAACUUUAGCAAUAAAUCUAUUUACGAUGCUCACAUGAGGACACACAUUACAGCUGACAUCUACAAUUACUCAGAUUAUGAAAACUGCAUCACUAAUAAUAUGGACCAUAGAAAACAUCAGGCAGUCCAUACUGGAAAGAAACUGGCCUGCUCUGAAUGUGGAAAGAAAUUCAGUCACAAAUCGGGGCUCAAUGCUCAUUUGAGAAGUCACACUGGUAUUAAGCCAUAUCCUUGCUCAGAAUGUGGGGCAGCGUUUACCCAGAAGUCCAAUCUCAUUAGGCAUCUGAGAACCCAUACCGGUGAGAAGCCAUUUUCUUGUGCAGAAUGUGGAAAGUCUUUUACCCGUAAAUCAGAGCUCCUUAGACAUCAGAGAGCUCAUACAGGGGAGAAACCAUUUGCAUGUUUGGAAUGUGGGAAAUGUUUUGCACAGAAACCAGCCCUUGUUAAGCACCGAAGAACUCACACUGGUGAGAGACCAUUUCGGUGUUCUUUGUGUGGGAAAAGCUUUGCACAGAAACCAGAUCUUCUUGCACAUCAGAGAAUUCACACAGGAUAGGAACUGUUUGAAUUUUGGAAACAUAUGACAAAGAAAUCAUAUCUCUUCAGUCUGAAGAUUAACUCAGGAAAAAAAAAAAUUUUCGUGCUCAGAAUGUGGGAAAUAUUUUGGGUGAGAGCACAUCCUCAAAGAUGACUUACAAAGCACUGAGGUUUUAUUUUCUGUUAGAUGAACACUUUACAUGUCGAAAUAGAAGUUAUGUAAGGAGUAAAGAUGCACUGUGUUAUUUUAAA